AUGGCCAUCACGAAUGGUGGAAAGCAGAAGAAGUUUGGCUCCAAAGGAGGCCAAAAGAAGGGCAAAGACCAAAAAGGGUCUGGUGCUCAGCAGGGUCAGCAAGGUCAGAAAGAAACCCGGACCGGCUAUAACUGCGACAAGGUCGGACACCUUGCCGCUAAGUGUCGCGCUCCCAAACGGGAAAGGAACAGCGGUUCCAAAGACGGCGAUCAGAACUCGUCAGGUUCGUCAACGAACUACGAGGCCAUGGCGACGACCAGGAUCACUCCGACAUUGAGUCGUAAGUGGAUGUGGGAUGAGGAUUACUAUCGGCCUAGUCGGCGCGUAGCUCCUGAGAUCCCCACCCCUAGUCUCUCUCCACCUGUCGAGGAGGAGAAAGCUCAAGUUGAGCUUGCGGUGUCCACUGCAGAGGAAGGGGAAGUGAGUUUACCCGACUCUCGGGGAUGGCUCGUCGAUAGUGGAGCCAAUAACCACCUCACCCCCUCCCGCAAUCUACUGUCCAACAUCAGACAGUGUGAUCCACCCGUCGAUUUCGGUACGGCGUCAUCUAAGAGCAGGAUGACCGCCCGGGGAAUGGGUCAAGCAACAAUCGAGCUUGACAACGGUCAAAUGGCCACACUAUUCCCCGUAUAUCUCGUACCGAACGCUAGACUGAAUCUCCUUUCAGUCAGCUCAGCGACGGCGAAAGGGUGGCAAAUCAGUUUGUCAGACACCAUGGGUCAGCUAUUCAAGGGCCAUCGGCGUCUUACAUUCUCCCGGAUCGAAAACCACUGGUACAUUCCCCCGUACCUUGUGAGGCAUGAGCACUAG